GUGACCACCUUCGUGAGACAAGCACUCAAAAGUUUGAGAGAGAAAUUUAUGGAUGUGGCAACAACAAAGUUUACCUCUAUUGAAGCAGGUUAAGGAGCCAUCAAGCAAGCCUUCAAAACUUGGAGUUGCGAAUUGGCAAUCUUGCAUGGAUCCUCACCGAGAGUCCAAGGGAAGCCCUACCCUCUCAAACCAUUGUCAACCCAAUGUCCAUGAAACUGUACCGUACCGGCGGUUCAACCACGAAAUACCAGUAUUGGAGGCUAAACCAAUAGGCGCUAUUUAUCGGUAUAACGGUUGAACUACGGUUAUACCACGAUUUUACCAUAAAAUACCCUACGGUUGACUUUCCCGAUAUGGUCUCUGGUACGGUUUCAUGGACCAUGUGUCAACCCCAAAGAUCAAAAUUUUGGUUGCAAUGUUAUUCUUUUGAGGAGUGGGAAGGUUACCCCAGAGGUUGUUCCUAAGGAAGUGAAUGAAGAAGAGAAGAACCCCCCCCCCCCCCACAACGACCAAUGGUCACGAAGAAGUGGGAGAAACGAAAGAAGAACCUAAGAAUGCAUUGCCGAUGCCACCACAAGUGGCUGAUUGCAAGCCUCCUCUUCCUUUCCCCACAAGGGUGUACAAGGACCGAUUGGAGGCGGAAUGUGGUGGAUUCAUGGAUAUACUCAAGAAGCUCUGCAUCACCAUUCCAUUCUUAGAGGCCAUGGUGCACAUGCCGAGGUAUGCCAAAUACCUCAAGGGGCUUCUCGCCAAGAAGACGAAAUAUGAAGACCUCGCCAAUGUCACCUUAGGGGAGGAGUGCUCCACCUGUAUCCUCAACAAGUUGCCUAAAAAGCAACCAGAUACAGGUAGUUUCACUAUACCUCUUUGCAUCGGAAAUCAUCAUAUAGAAAAAUCCUUGGCGGACUUAGGAGCAACCAUUAAUGUGAUGCCUUACAAGUUUUUAGAAAGUUGCAUUUGGGUGAAUUGAAGUCCACUCACUAGGCUUAGUGUCACAUUGGCUGAUCGUUCUGUCAUUAGUCCUAGGGGUAUUGUGGAGGACGUCCUAGUGAGAGUUGGCAAUUUCUAUUAUCCGACGGAUUUUGUUAUCCUUGAUAUUGGUGAAGAUGUGGAUAUGCCACUCAUACUAGGAAGCCCCUUCCUUUCCACCGCCAAGGCCUCAAUCGAUGUUAAUGAGGGAACUCUUAUUUUGGGAGAUUGAGAUGAGCAACUCACUCUUUCAAUUGAUCCUAUGGUUAAGAAUGAUGUUGUGAAUGAAAUGGUCUCGAGUGGUAUGAAUUUGGAGGUGAGCCUCUCAAGGAAAACCCCACUAGUGUGUGUGUUCCAUUUGACGAUGAGGUGCAGAAAACCCAGGUGGGUACUAAGCCCGUAGGAAAGAAGAAGAGAGCGUGGAGGGAUAGUCUUAUCCGAGCCUCCUCCCAACCAAAGAUAAGGGUAAGGUGAAGGUGUCAGGCCAAGAAGGCAACCCUAUGGAGCUAAAUGUAGGAGGUGACAAGCCUUGCCCCGAGACCAUGAUGGAUCCACUCUCAGUGGCUUCAUGCCCUCAAGCAUAAUAGAUCCGCAAUGUCGAGCUAGUGACGUUAAACUAGCGCUUGUUGGGAGGCAACCCAACGACGGUUCAUUUUCUUUUCUUAUUUUUCUCUUUUUGUGUGUGAAGAGUUCAAGUUUUAGAUUUGGGUAUCACCGUGCCAAGUGUCUAUGGUUUUGCAUUUUUGGAUGUGUUGUGAUCGAAUUAGGGACACAAUUGAGUAGAUCGAGUCAAAUAUUUUUGGGAGUGCCCUGUUUUUCACUCAGUUCACGGUUUGUGCUUCUAGUUGAUGGUCUUAGUGACCAUGAGCUGGUGCCUCCAUCCGUAAACUGAGGGCAGUCCCCCUGUUUUCAAAACUCAUUGUUUAACCCCAAUUCACGGGUUGAGCAUUAUGUUCACGGUCUUAAUGACCGUGAACUGGCUCCUCCUUCCGUGAACUGAUGGUUCUACCUAUAAAAGGGUUGCUGGCUCAUUUCACCAUUCUAGAUUAUUUGAAAAAGGUUUAGGUCGUUACUUUAGCCGUAUUGUGUUUUAUUUUGUGUGUGUUUACCCACUCUUCGCUUUGGAGGGUGGUUUGUGUGUUUGUUUGUUUGAUUUUGUUUUUGUGUUUUUGUCAUUGUAAGUUGAAUCAUGGAACCUAAUGGCUUCUACAACAUGUGGAGGUAUCCACAACCACCCUAAUGGGGGUACCCCAAAGCUUCAUGGAGUGACCAAGAAGGUGGAAGCCAAGGAGUUGGGCUCUAUGAUCAACCUCCCUUCCUAGAAGAAGAACCAUACCGUUGGGGUUAUGAAGAGGCUUCCCCAUAUAAAAAAGAUUUCCCUCCACAACUCGAGGAGAAUCCAAGUUGGAGUUGGCAAUGGAAACUUUCAUGGGACAAUCCACAAGACCAUUUUCCACUCCAUCACUAGAGCCAAAGAGCCAAUUGGAGCUCAUGAUGGACCGGUUUGCUCAAGGCACCGCUGAAGGGUGCUCAAACUUGGAUCUCCCCCAACCCGAAGUGAAGUCUAAGUUGGAGCAUGCCAUGGAGAAAUUUGAAAGAACAAGCUCCAACAUGGAUUUCCAACCCCUCCCUCCUUCCGGUUUGACACUAGAAGAGAAGAUGGCACGACCUUGUGCAAGCUAUCGACUCUCAUCAUUGGAGAUGAAAGAGGAGAUUAAAGGAGCUAUCAAUUA